AUGACCUUUGAAACAUCCCUUUAUCCGUCUCCCACGUCAUUAUCCUCGGAUCCGACUUCCGUUUCCUCCUCAGCUUCUUUCGCCGACCACAAUGGCUGGCAGGAAGGUCCUCCACUUCCCUUCAGAUCCCAUCACGACGGCUCACCUACCUCGAUUGUCAUAAAUAUCAGUGAUGGCGGCGCAACAGGCCGUGGCAUCCUUAUCGGGUUGUUAUCUGCGUUUGGUUCCGCCGGCGUUGCAGUACUUGUUCUUGCCAUCUUCUUUUUCUUCAAAUAUACCUCUCGAGGCCGCAUUCUGUUAGACCGUAUAGGCCGGCCCGGUGAGUUCGACGAUGAGCAAGCCUUUGCGCAGGAAGAGGCCGAAGCCUUGGAGACAAUGGAUGAGUUGCAAAGGACGGAGUAUUUGAGGGCCAAAGCAUUUGUACAAGCGAAUCCCCCAGAAUCCGUUCAAACUGAUAUAUCGCUGUCGCAGUUCCUGGCGAUCCAGGAAAAAGGUGUCUCUGCGUGGGAGUUCGAGCCAGAACUAGAAAUCGCCAACUGCUUUGUCGAAGCGAGAACCGAAAUCGAGUUUUUCGAUUCAGAAUGCAGCGUACAGAGCAAUCUUCCGGUGCCAAAGCAGAACGAAGUGUACUACUGGGAGGCCAAGAUCUACGACAAGCCCGAGAAUAGCCUGAUCAGCAUUGGAAUGACCACGAAACCAUACCCCUUGUUUCGAUUACCGGGUUUUCAUAAAACAUCGGUUGCUUAUCUUUCCACGGGUCAUCGACGCUACAAUCAGCCGUUUUCCGCGAGCACGUAUGGUCCCCCUUAUGUGCAAGGAGAUGUGAUCGGGGUAGGAUACCGACCUCGAACCGGAAGCAUAUUUUUCACACGCAACGGGAAGAAACUGGAUGAGAUCGCGCACAAUCUCAAGACCCAGAACUUCUUCCCAACUGUAGGCGCAAAUGGACCCUGCCACGUUCAUGUGAAUUUUGGCCAGAUGGGGUUUGUGUUUAUCGAGGCAAAUGUCAAAAAAUGGGGGUUAGCACCAAUGACGGGAAGUCUUGCACCACCUCCUCCUUAUGGUAGCGAGCAAGGUAGCAUCCUGCUUGAGACGGGAAGAGAAGGAACGCGGCAGUCGACAUAUGAACCCGGACACUCGAGGACACGGAGUGGUUUGGCAAGGCUCGGCCUCCCAGCUGGUAACCCUGGGCCCGUCCGGUCAGCCACGGAUAUAUCAUUGGCGCAACUGGCGCAUAUAUCAUCACAGGAUCUGCCGAGCCAGGGCAACGCACUUCUGGACAUGGGAGAUAUCCAGAACCAGCCUGUGGAGAAUACACCUGCUGGACAACAGAUCAUCCCACCUCCCGAGUACAGCAGUCCCCCGGGGAGUCGAAGGACGAGCGGUGACGGCGAUGAAGAUGAACGGCAGGAGUUGUUGCGUGAUCGGACAGGAGGACCACCUAUUCCCACCUACGAUGCUGCUGUGGGCGAGGCGGCAGGACCCAGCCAUACAUGA